AAAUAUAUAUAAUUUUAUUUAUAUAUAGAUAUUAAUAUUGCGCACGUUGUCUGCUAACUGGUGAGUAAGCAGAUCAAUAAUGCUGGCGAUACAAUGUAUCAGAAGGCCAUUUGCCAAAUGUGGGACCCACCCUCAACUUGUGGCUCUUCCUUCUCAGUUCCUUCCCACCCCCCCUCAUCUCUUUCGCACGUGCUUCCCUCUUCCCACCUAUAUAUACUCCUCCCAGCUGUCACCCCUCUUAAUUUGGUGAAGAUCACCCACUCCCUCCCCACUCUCGGCGCACCUUAUCCUAUGGCCGUCGUCCGACACCGCCGCCAGCUCAAUCUCUGCCUCCCACUACUCGACCUCCCCGAUCGCCGUAACCCUCGUUUCCCCUUACCCCUCCCCUCCUCCUCUCUACCCCCCGCCGCUGCCGCCGCAGCCGCCACGGCGGCCGUAGCCAGUUCGGAUCUCGAGAAACUCGGAGUCCUCGGGCACGGCAACGGCGGCACCGUUUACAAAGUCCGCCAUAAGCGCACCGGCGCUGAGUACGCGCUCAAGGUGGUGCACGGCGACAUGGACGCCACCAUCCGCCGGCAGGUCUUCCGCGAGAGGGAGAUCCUCCGCCGCACAGACUCCCCCUUCGUCGUCCGGUGCUACGGUUUCUUCGACGAGCCGGCCGGCGACAUCGGAAUCCUCAUGGAGCACAUGGACGCCGGCAGCCUGGGAUCGUUGCUAGAGUUCGACGGCACCUUCUCGGAAUAUUCUCUGGCUGACGUGGCCCGCCAGGUCCUCAACGGCCUUAACUAUCUCCACUCCCACAAGAUCAUCCACCGGGACAUCAAGCCAUCGAAUCUGCUAGUCAAUGGCAAGAUGGAAGUGAAAAUAGCGGAUUUUGGGGUGAGCAAGCUCAUGUGCCGCACGUUGGACGCGUGUAACUCCUACGUGGGGACAUGUGCCUACAUGAGUCCGGAGCGGUUCGACCCGGAUACAUACGGGGCGAACUACGACGGGUAUGCGGGCGAUAUAUGGAGCCUGGGGCUUACCCUGUUGGAGCUCUACAUGGGUCAUUUUCCGUUUCUGUCGCCGGAUCAGCGACCCGACUGGGCGACCCUGAUGUGCGCUAUUUGCUUCGGAGACCCGCCGAGCUUGCCCCGGGAUGCGUCCGACGAGUUUCGGAGCUUCAUUCAGUGUUGCCUGCAGAAGGAGUCGAGCAAGAGGUGGACGGCUUCGCAAUUGUUGUCGCACCCGUUUGUUUGUAGGGAUCGGAUAUCGGAGUCUCAGUGAUCCGAGUUCUUAUGAUCGGAUCCGAAAUUCCAAUUUUCCUCUGUACAUAUUUGUAGUUACAGCAUCUUUGUUAGUUUUUGUGGUAAAUAAGGUGUUGAAAAUGAGGGGAUUUCAUUUCCGUGCGGCUGGAAGUAGAAUCAAAAUCCAGGAAUUUUCAUUUCCAUGUUUGGCUUGACAAAACUGCAAGCCAAGCAAGUUGGUUUUUCUACUUUGCAAAAUGGCUGCUUCCCACGUUCUAGUUUACACUUAUUAAUUUUGAAUAAGAUUUAAAUUAUAUGAAUUUUAAUGAAAUUUAACAUUCAAAUUCAAA